AUAAUAACCUCACUGUCACCAUGUACAGCACUAGUUUAUUAUCAGUAGUAUUAUUAUCAUCCGGUUAAAGUAAGCACAUAUAUAUUAAUGAUUGUACAGCUUUGAAAAUGAAUUCACCCAAAAAGGGGAGAACUCUUCGUUGAACUAAUCUUUCUUAAGAAAUGCCAAAACUCUAUUUAGGCAAAAGAAAAUCGUUGAGUCUUACCAUUUUGGUGUUGACUGUUUUAUACUAUGACAGAUUUUGAGAUGAUCAGAUAAUUGGGAAUUACUGAAUUGAGCAUGGAUCCAUUGGUAUCGUUCAACUCGAUGAAGUAUAUUUAUGUAGUUGGAAAUUCUGAAAUAGUAACUAACUGACUGAAUGAAUACAGAUCUAAUCAUACAAAACAAACUUUCAUAAAUUUUGAUAUACAGACUAAAGUUUUAAAAUCACACCUCAUAAAUAAACUCAAAUACAACACGGAGAACAGCAAUUCAACCACACUUGAUGGCGAAACUCUGAAAGAUGAAGAAUCCUUCACAUACCUGGGAAGCAUCGUCGAUAAACAAGGAGGUUCAGAUGCAGAUUUAAAAGCAAGGAUUGGCAAAGUAAGGGCCUCAUUCCUUCAAUGAAAGAACAUAUGGAACUCAAAACAACUUUCAACCAAUAUCAAAGUCACAAUCUUCAAUACUAACGUCAAGGCAGUUCUACUGUACGGAGCUGAAACUUGGAAUACUACAACAACCACCGUCAAGAAGGUGCAAGUAUUUAUCUACAGUUGUCUACGCAUGUUACUCAACGUCCAUUGGCCAGAUACCAUCAGAAACAGCCUUCUGUGAGAGAGAACAAAACAGCUUCCGGCUAAAGAAAAAAUUUUGAGAUGGUGGAGAAGAUUUGUAGCUCAGGUGGAAGCGGAAAAGAGAAAGGCCAAAGAACACAUUACGUCGGGAAAUAGAAUCAGACAUAAAGUGGAUGAAUAACAACUGGAAAGGAUUGCCCAGGACAGGGUUGGAUGGAGAAUGCUGGUGAGUGGCCUAUGCUCCUUCACGAAGAAAAACAGGCGUAAGUAAGUAAGUCAUAAAUAAACGAUAUUUGCAUUCAUUAUCAUUAGUUUGUAUUUUGCACUAACUGAGUAACAAUUUAAUUUUCGAGAUUAUCAUAAAUGAACUUCAUAGAUAACAUGCAUUGGACUAUAGACCUUUAAGGUUAUAUCAUUAAUCAAUUGAAAGAUUUUAAGAAGGUGGGGGGGUGUAUACAUUAAGCUAAUUAAUAUCAAAUAAGACGAAACAUGUCCUUAGUUUCACUGUAAACUAAACUUGUUUAGAAUUAUUUUUUCCUGGUUAACGUUAUUUUAGCGAGUUAGUUCUCUACGGGAUAGGGUCACUAACCGCAAACACAACCUUCCUCCUUUAGCCGAACUUGAGACCGGUAGUAAUUUUAGAAGAGCUACUAAAGUUAACAUUUAAAUGUUACAUUUAUUGUUCACAAAAUUCUGUUUCUACGCAUAUAGCAUAGUAACAAUAAUGAAUAGUUUUAAAUGACCUAACAUUGAGACAACUUUGUAUUACUUAAUGUAUCCUAACAUUACUAAUAUACAGUAUAUCACUAAAUGUAACUAUUUAUUGUUGAAUUACACAUAUAGCUAAUGGCAUAUUCAUUCAUUGAUCGUCAAGUGACAUUCAAUAUUUGAUAUGUCUAGCAUAUAUCGUAUGAAAUUACUGAACUAUAUUAUUAUACAAGGUUAUCAAUUUGGUGUGAUCACCUUUAAUCCUUCGGUCUAUAAUCACAAAUGGUAUGAUCAGAGUGUGUGUGUUGGUUAUCAUAUAUAUAUAUAACUUGUAUUUACCGCAGUAGUAUAUUUCAAAAUUGAGACUACAAAAACUGGUUUUUCUAUGUGGUUCACAAUCUUUUUCAUACUCUUCUGGUCAUCAGUUUGGACAGAACAUAUUCCUGUCAGUAAAAUUCAUCUGAAUCAACAUGGAAUGUUCACAGAUCCUCGUGGAUUCAUUAGAUUAUUUAGAGGAUUUAACAAUGUCCGAAAAUCAUUCCCAUGGUAUACAGUAAAAUCUUUGAAUAUCACACAAAUGAAGAUUUUUCAAAAUUGGGGUUUGAAUGUUGUUCGAUUAGGUGUUAUGUGGAGUGGAGUAAUGCCAAAUAUAUCAAUAGUGAACACUACAUAUUUAAAUCAAAUUGAAAAGUUGAUUGAUUUAUAUGCUGAUCAUGGAAUUUAUGUGAUAUUAGAUAUGCAUCAAGAUGGAUUAUCGAGUCGAUAUGGUAUUUACGAUGGUAUACCACUUUGGUUAAUUGAUCGAUUUAAAAGACCACCAUACGUUUUGCAACAGCCUUGGCCGUAUAAAAAGUUGCCCAAAUGGGAUGGGGCGUAUUAUUUAACUUACGAAUGUACGAAUGGAGCUCAACAGUUAUAUCACAAUGUAUCAGGUGCUUGGAUUCACUGGGGUGAUUUUUGGGAAACCGUAGCUAAACAAUUUGGAAAGAAGUCAAAUGUACUUGGUUAUGAUUUGAUUAAUGAACCUCCACCUGGAAACUUUUAUUCUAAUCCAUUACGAGCGUUUUCAGGUUAUGCUGGUCGAUAUAAUCUACUACCAGUUUACGACUAUCUUGUUGAGAGAAUACGUAAAUAUGACAAUUCAACAUUAAUAUUCUAUGAACCAGUUACAUAUGGGAUAUUUACUCCUCUAACCUCUUCAGGAUGGUUAGGAACUGGAUUUCAACGUGUUCCUGGAGCUAAUCACGAUAAAUCAGCACCGAGUAAAAGUGUUUUAUCAUAUCAUUAUUAUUGUUGGGUAUUACAGGCUGAUUAUCCAAACUCCACAAUGCCAUUCUGGAAGAGAGUCUUAUGUGACUCGUUCCUGUUACCAACUGUGAUAUCCAAUGCAAUUAAAGCAACAAAAACAACUGGAGGUGGUAGAUUUCUAACUGAAUUCGGUUUGUGUGGAGAUGAUGGAAAUCCACGUAGUGUAAACACAGUGGAAUGUAAUGCGAUAUUGGACGAAGCUGAUAAACAUUUCGAAUCAUGGACAUAUUGGGAUGGAAACUUUCUAGAUGGCUUAGGAAAUCCUAUUAAAAGCGAGGUGGAAUCUUUCAUUCGUCCUUAUCCUCAAUCAACAAAUGGAAUAUUUCGUAAACAACAAUUUAAUUAUAAAACUGGAAAAUUUCGUUUCUCUUUCAUUACAAAUCGGUUAUGUAAUCAAACUAAUGAGAAACAAUGUUUAAUUGCAGAAAUAUACAUACCAUUAUCUGUACAUUAUCCAAAUGGAUUUGCAAUGAAUAUAGAACCAAAUUAUUUAAUUACUGAAAUGAAGGCAAAUAUCCUGUCUAUAUACAUGCCAACUAAUGAACAGAAUAAACGCGUAAUUGUUGACAUUGAAAUUGUUAGAAAAUAACUUCUCCCACCCCCCAAGUUGGAUAUGACUUGAGUAAAUUAUCAUUGCCAUUAUACAAACGAUGUAUUCAUUAACAUUUAACUGAAUAGUUGAAAUGAAGUUUUAUACAAGUAAUACAAUGGUUGUUGUUCAUUGUUGCUAUUUGAAUUAUUUUUCUUGGUUAGCGUUUUUGAGCGAGUUAGUUUUCUACGAGAUGACUUCUCUAACCCGAUGCCCAAACCACUCUAUUUUAUCCGGGCUUGGGACCAGCAGUAGCCUCAGAUGGGCUCCACGAGAAGUUAUUGUUAAUAUGUAUGACAAUAUAAUUAGAAUAAACGGUUCACUCGAUGAA